AUGGCGGACAUACCAGAGAACUCAGCCCCUGGAUACGUCGGGAGACUGGAUGCUUCACAGCAAGAGAAACUGCACCAGUUUUGGCGAAUUCUGAUGCAAUCUUGGGAUCCUACCAUUCCCGGUCCAGAGCCUGCCCGCAAAUCAUCGGUCUCUUCUAGUGGCACUCAUCGACGUUUCUUCUCUCUGGGCCGAUCCCAAGCUCAACCCACAGAAGAAGACACGGUUGCCAUUCCGGCCAACCUCCUCUCGACUCUACAAAGCUUGGAAACAGGCCCAAACGAGAUCAAAACCAUCAACUCGCUUUUGAAAAAGCUCCCCGGAGACAAGCUGCGCUCGACCCUGCUUACAGUUCUAAAGCAAGACCAUCCCGACGCGCUUUGUCUACGUUUCAUCCGGGCGGAGAAAUGGAACAUCCCCAAAGCAUGGAUCAAGCUCGUGUCAGCCCUGAACUGGCGAGUCAAUGAGUACAAAGUUGAUGAAGAGGUUCUUCUCAAAGGCGAGGAAUACCAACUGGAGAAAUCGCGACAGAGCGGAGACUCGGCUGAAACGAAAGAUGGCCAGGGCUUUAUGCAUCAGCUGAAGACUGGCAAGGGCCAUUACCAUGGAUCUGAUAACUGGGGUCGUCCUAUCUGUAUCAUUCGAGUGCGGACACACAACCCAAAUGACCAAACGCAGAAGGGAUUGAAUGACUACAUCAUUCACUGCAUUGAGACCGUUCGAUUUUUGCAGGUCCCCCCAGUGGAGACCAUGGCAAUUGUUUUCGACUUGACGUCAUUCAGUCUUUCUAACUGGGAAUUCCUACCGGUCAAAUUCAUCAUCGACAGCUUUCAAGAGAACUACCCCGAAUCUCUGGGAGCCAUAAUCUUCUACAACGCUCCCUGGAUCUUCUCCGGUUUCUGGAAAAUCAUUCACGGAAUCCUCGACCCCGUAGUCGCCGCUAAAGUCCACUUUAUCAGCGGCGCGAAGGAUCUCGAGAAAAUGAUCCCCAAAUCCCAAAUCCUGAAAGAGCUCGGCGGCGAAGAAGACUGGGAAUACGAAUACAUCGAGCCCCAGCCAAACGAGAAUGACAGACUCAAAGAUACGAUCACGCGUGAAAAUAUCCUGGCUGAAAGGAAGAAGCUCGGAGAUGAGCUUUUCACGUUGACUUCUGAGUGGAUCUCAAGCUCGAAGAACGAUCCACCGCCGAGUGGUCGCGAUGAAGUGAUUAUGAAGCUGCGAGACAAUUACUGGCAGCUUGAUCCCUACGUUCGUGCCAGGACUAUUUUGGAUAGGACUGGGGUUAUCAAGGAAGGGGGACAUAUUGACUUUUAUCCUGUUCCGGCUUCGACGACAGCUUCGACGUCGACUUCGGCUCAGGUGGAGGAGAAGCCUAACAUGGUAAUGGAUAAUGUGGAGACUGCGCAGGUCCCUGCUGUUGCUGCUUGA